AACGUUACGCAAAUCUCUAAAUCUUUGGCCCCGUGUGCAGCUGGCCGCUGCGGAGUAAAGUGUGCUUUUGGGUAAAUUCACGUGCGUCCUUGUUUUCCGUGCACCGUUUGCAAUGUCGGUGAAAAUUGUGGCCAACGCCAAGCGUAUGCUACUGUCGAAAAACCUGGCGCAAUCUCAGCGAACCCCUCUGCUAUACUCAACGUACAGGGGGAUUUUCGAUUUCACACCAAUAACGAAAACGCGACGUGAAUUUACCCAGAAGAAGCUUGUAGGGUACUCUAUGCAUCAGCUGUACUCCGUAGUGGCGGACGUUGAAAAAUACAACACAUUUGUGCCAUUUUGUAAAAAAUCCUUCGUGUACGACCGGAAACCGGGCUCCCUGAAGGCGGACCUUAUUAUCGGCUUUCCGCCGCUGAACGAAAGCUACACCUCGAACGUACAGCUCAUCAAGCCCUCGCUCGUCCGGGCAGAGUGUGUUGAUGGGCGCCUGUUCAACUACCUGUUGACCGCGUGGCAGUUCAGCCCGGGGUUGAAGGACAUACCGCAAUCGUGCGUGAUCGAUUUCAUGGUAUCGUUCGAGUUCAAAUCGUUGCUACAUUCACAACUGUCGAAUCUGUUCUUCGACCAGCUGGUAAAGCAGAUGGAAUACGCGUUCAUACAGGAAGCCGAACAGCGGUUCGGUCCACCGGCCAUCAAGAGCCACGUGCUGGUAUCCAACCAAUCCUGACCCAAGCAACGCGACACGAAUGGCAAAGAGCGUAAGACUUAGGUAGGAAAUUAGGUAGCACAACUGAUCGGAGUCGGAUUUGCGGGAUAUGAUGUAAAAAAGCACGCGCUCUUGUUGUGCCUGCUCGUGGACAGUAUUUCCCCCAUACCUUAACCCACGAUUGACGACCAACGACAAGCGACGGACUGCAGGAGGAUUUAAAGGACAGAGGACAUACAUAUAUUUUUGUUUUCGUUUUUGUUCCCUUAAAACAAAUAGCUUUAUUAGGUAGCGCGAACGAACGAUUGCACACGACACGAAUGGGACAACUUGUUCAGAAUUGAUUGGAGGCAAAGCAUUUUUGAUAUUAAUUAUUAUUUUGCUGGAUGUGAAUGAUUACCAUGUAAAUAUUCAUCAGAUCAGAUCCCCCACCAACAAUUAACAUUACAUAUUUAUUUUGAUCCCUCUCUCUGCCGAGUGGCAGAGACACCAAAAGGCUAAGGAGUGAAUUCUGUUCCCUCCCCGUUUUCCAAUAUCAAAUAUGUUUGUAGCUGAAUUUGUACAGAUUAUUUAAGAGCAAGUGAUAUUCAGAAAAAAUACGCUUCACAUUCAAAGAUAA